GUGACGUAUUUCCGGUUAACUGUCAAACUCACGGGCUUCUGGACAGGCUUGGACCAAGUUCAGUUCACCAACCCUGCUGACCAAGGCAGUCAAGAGAAAUGUCUUUUAUAUUUGAUUGGAUCUACAGGGGCUUCAGCGGCGUCCUGCAGCUGUUAGGGUUGUACAAGAAGACUGGGAAGCUGGUUUUCCUCGGACUGGACAAUGCUGGAAAAACAACACUCUUGCAGAUGCUCAGGGACGACAGGCUAGGACAGCACAUGCCAACACUAUACCCAACAUCUGAGGAGCUGACAAUAGCUGGAAUGACUUUUACGACAUUUGACCUUGGAGGUCAUACACAAGCACGACGGAUCUGGAAGAACUACUUCCCAGCCAUAAACGGUAUAGUGUACAUGGUGGAUUGUGCUGACCAUAUGCGACUAGCGGAAGCAAAAGUUGAACUGGAUGCCCUGUUAACUGAUGAAACCAUUGCAAACAUCCCAGUUCUAAUCCUGGGUAAUAAGAUAGACCGUCCAGAAGCCAUCAGUGAGGAUGCACUCAGGGGAGUACUUGGUCUUCAUGGCCAUACAACUGGAAAGGUAAAAGUGCCACUGAAGGAGCUGAAUUUGAGGCCAAUGGAGGUGUUCAUGUGUAGUGUGCUGAAGCGACAGGGAUAUGGAGACGGUUUUCGCUGGCUUGCCCAGUAUAUCGAUUGAUUGAUGUCCUUUUAAUAGCCUUAACCAGAUUCAUCGUGCUGUCUGUGCACAAAGACAUGUUCCACACGAAACUACCUGCAGUAGAGAAUGAUUUUAUUAAAUAUGCCAGUAAGAAAUAUGUUUUAUAUUAAAAACCCUGCAUUAUUCAUGCGUUUGAAGAAUCCCGUGUCAUCUUAGUCCUACCACAGCAAGACCAGAGUGUGGAGAAUAGUCUUCAUGCUGUGGUUUCUACCUUUACUUAAAGCCUGUGGGGAAUUGUUCCUGCCAUAUAGGACAUGCCAUUGCUGUGAACUUGUUUCAGACCAGGUUUAUUUUUGGCUGCUGGUGUUGGCUUACAGUGAAGGUCAAUUUAGUUAACAUUGUGUGCUUGGAGAAACUCUUAUUUGAUUGAGGAUAAAAACCAUUUUUGUUGGCACAGAUGGAUAUUAUUUAUUCUGUUUUGUUUUAUGUCUUUCAAUCGAUUGUUUCCAUUAACAAAACUUUUUUUUUUUUCUGUAAAGAGCUGCAAAAAUGUGUUGCUGUAUUUGUUAACGUUAAUAUGGUAGCCUACCUCUGAGGAUGCUGACAGUUCUCCUGAUAUGUUUAUUUUAAUCCAUGAAAGGUUUACAAUCACAGCCAACCACAAGUGCACUGACUGACUUUUUGCCACUUCUACACCAGCACAGCCAGGUGACGUAACAAACUUGUUGAUAGGUAAGUGCAUUGAAAUGACUUGAGCACUUUGUGAUUGGUUGCUGCUACAGUAAGCAGUGAUUUAUGAGAGUACUUGGGCGGUGCUAACAAAAUAGCUUAUACAGUAUUUUUGAUCAAAUCAUCUUAAAACAUAAAUUAUUUAGUCUAUAAGAUUGUAUUUAUAUUUUGCAAUAAAAACUGGCCUGCCUGUUACAUCAAAUGUUAUGGAUAUGAAGUAUCUCUUGCAAAAUAUGUCAUAUUCUUG